GCUAUCCACCAGCUCCACGUUCAACUAGAGCUCACUCAGCAUGAGUUAAAAGGUGUACAACAGGCUCUUACUGCUAAGGAUAGGGUGAAGAAUAAGAAGAAGGUACUGCCUUUGUAUGCUCACAGCCUUGAGCGGCACGGAGGAGCUACCUGGUGGAGUCCUUCAUUGAAGAGGGAAGCCGAUGCCCGUGCUGCUGCAUUUGAGGCCCAUCAACAACAGGUAGAGGCAGAGAAAGCUACCCAGAAGGAGCUACAACACACUCAAAAACUACUCAAAGAGAAGCAGCAGCAGCAGAAGCGUGAGGCGCGGAUAAGGGAGAAGGAAGAGCGUGACCAGCAGAAGGCUGAACAGGCAGAGGAAGCAGCCGAACGCAGAACUGAGAGAGAGCGUCAAAAACAAGCCCGCGACGCUGCAAAAGCUCUACAAUUAUCCCAAAAAGGCAAGCACAAGGCCUCACAGAAAGCAGUACCAAGAAAGAAGCAGAAUCGUGGUGUUGCUGCUGCCCAGAGUGGUGCUGCUGCUGAGAGCCUGGUGCAGGUGGCUCCUACAACAACCACCCGCCGUGGCCGCACCUCAACUCUGCCUGCCCGUUUUGUAUGA